CAGUUACAGUCCGCCCUCUUCUCGAUCUUGCCUGGCGAGAUUCGAAACCAUAUUUGGAACUACGCUCUUGCCGACUAUGAAGACACGACUCAGCUGUACGAUGAUGCAACAUGUUACAAGCGACCAGAUUACCUCGCUCCCAGAAAGACUGACACAGUAUUGCUGAGAACAUGCAAGCGCAUCUAUCAGGAAGCUUGGUUCUUGCCAUGGACGAACGCCGAGCAGACCUUCUACCUCACUUCAACAGAUCGUAGACCGCCACGUACAACUACCCCGAGAGACAUGCAGAGAACUCUGCUAGCAAUCUCAAGAAGUCAAACGAUGCCCAUCAUACAACACGUGCGCGUCUUCCCUCAGUUGUACGCUUUGGAGAAUGGACAGAGACUUCAGGAAAUCCUUAACCUCAGAUUCUUCUACCCCAAAGUUAUCACAAUCACCAUCAGACACACAGAUUGGUGGUUCUGGGAGAGCGACAACAAUCUUCACUUCGAUGCCACCUGGGUCGGCUUCUGUGAAUUUCCAAACAGCCUGACGGAACUUCGCGUGGCGUUCGAGAGUCUCGAGCGCAAGAAAAAUCAAAUUGACGAUGUAGUAAGGCAGGCUAUAGAGGGUUGGGUCUUCCGUCGCAAGGAUGAUACCGAGCUGUCAGCGAAGAAUUGCGAGCCUGAGAUUAUGAGAUGGAGUGGAAGUGCAACUUGGCACCAUCACCGCUGGAUACGCGAUGAGACAGGUCCAAACAAGCUCGACUACUACGUCUCUACCGUAACCUGGAGG